GCCUCAUCUGCUCUCUCCCGAUGGCUGUUUGUACCAGGGGGUCUGAGGCCCUGGGACUGGAGGGAACAUAAGCGACUGAGCAGGGACUCCGGCUCCUCCUCCUGCUCCGCCUGGUCCUUGGAACCCUUGUCCUCGACCUCGCCGUUCAAGAACGGGGUCAUGCUGUACUUGCUCUACCUCAGCCAGCAGGAGCUAGAGAGGUUCAAGCAGCUCUUAGUGGCUGAGACCCCCAGACCCGGCUCCGCCCGGAUCACCUGGGACCAGGUGAAGGCAGCCAGGUGGGGGGAGGUGGCCCACCUCUUGACCGAGCGCUUCCCCCGCCGGCUCGCUUGGGAUGUGGCCCACGGCAUCUUCGCGAAGAUGGACGGGACCCAACUGUGCCUCCGGGUGCAGAGGGAGCUACAAGGUGGCCAGCAGGAGCUAGAGAGGUUCAAGCAGCUCUUAGUGGCUGAGACCCCCAGACCCGGCUCCGCCCGGAUCACCUGGGACCAGGUGAAGGCAGCCAGGUGGGGGGAGGUGGCCCACCUCUUGACCGAGCGCUUCCCCCGCCGGCUCGCUUGGGAUGUGGCCCACGGCAUCUUCGCGAAGAUGGACGGGACCCAACUGUGCCUCCGGGUGCAGAGGGAGCUACAAGACGUGCUGCCCAACGUGGAGCCGGAGGACCUGGGCCCAGGAGGGGCACAAGUGGACUCGGAGGAAGAAGAAUCUGGGAGGUGCCGGGGUGAUGACGUGCGGGGCUACCGGCUGCCCGGGAGGGGCCACUACUCCGCCGUGGGGGACAGGACCCCGUGGCCCGGGAACCAAGCAGACUUCUUCCACCAAGACCUCCCCCGGCACCAGCGGCUCCUUCACUGCCUGUUUCUUCCCAGGAGACCUCAAGGCCGACCACCCAAGACGGUCGUCCUCCAGGGGGCCGCCGGGGUGGGGAAAACCGCCCUGGCCCACAAGCUGAUGUCGGAGUGGGCAGGAAAGGAGUUCUCCCCCCACCAGGUCUGGUAUGCUUUCCGCGUCCACUGUCGGGGUGGCCUGGGCCCAGCCGCAGAGCUUCGGGGUCUCGUCUCCCAGGUGAUGUCCCAGCCCGAACAGCUGCUGCUCGUCCUCGACGGCUCCCAGGAGCUGGCGCUGAGCCUCAGGGUGCGACCGGGGAUCUGAGCGAGGACGAGCCAGAAGCUGCUGGCGCCGGUCCUCCUGGCCAGUCUGCUGGGCGGAAAAAUGCUACCCGAGGCCUCGCUGCACCUCCUGCGGUUCUCUUCCCGGAGGGUCCUCCAGUCCGUCCUGAGGCGUCCGUCCGUCGUGACCCCAGGGCAGGCGGAGGAAGCCUUGAGCGACGCCGCAGGGAACACGGUCCUCUUCUCCAGGUGCCCGCCUGUGGUCUGCUGGCUGGUGUGCUCGUGCCUGAAAGCACCUAUACCUGCCGGCCCGUGUUACCUGGCGGCGAGAGGGAUGUGGAAGGAGCGGUGGGUGUUUGGGAAGACGGACCUCGAGCUGACCCAGCUGGACGGGGCGGCCGUGGCCGCUCUCCUGGGCGAGAAUAUUCUCCGCAGGGGGGGGCACGAGGACCUGUGCGCCUUCACCCUCCUGAGCUCCCAGGUUUUCGCCGCCCUGGUGUACACCGUCCACCUCCCGCAGAGGGUCCCCGGCUUCCAGGGGGGCCCCCUGGCGCACGUGGCGCUCUUCCUCUUCGGCCUGUUCAACGAGACCUGCGCCAAGGCCGGGGAGCGGUGGCUCGGGCACAAGCUGUCCUCGGGGAAUAAGGAGGAGGGACGGGGACUGCAGGUGUCUGCCUCCCGCCUCACCCACUGUCCACACUUGGGGGAGGUGGAGCUGACCGUGACCUUGACCAUCACCAAGGACGUACCAGACAGCAUCAGCCGGCGAUUCCGCUGGUGGCAAGAGCUCUGCUCCGUGUUCACGCUGCACGAGGGGCUGGAGUCCCUGGCCGUGACCGACAGCGUGAUGGAGCCUGACGCCACACGGGUCUUCCCCUUGGCGCUGAAACAUCCGCACUGCAGACUGCGCAAACUGAGCCUGGACCUUGGUUUUAACAGCCUGAAGGAUGAGGGGCUUACCCUGCUCUGUGAGGCCAUGAAGGGCUCGGACUCCGGACUACAGGUUCUUGAGUGAGUGACCCCCCACCCCACUUCCUCCGUGAGACCAGGACCGGCGUGUGUAAGCUCUCCCAGGACAGAGCGUGGGGAGGUCUUCGCCCGUUGCUGGGUUUUCCCUGCGUUCGGGUGGAGGGCUGGGGGGGUUCAGAAAGUGUGGCCCUCCCACGAGGAACAUCGUCAGGACGUUGU